AUGAAGAGAAUCCUCUUUUGGAUGCGUAUGGAUGAGGACUACAAUGAGCUCAUUGAGGGUGAAUUGGAAUCGGUUGCUCUUCUAAAUGGACUGGAUUCUAAUUCGUUGAGCCUAUCAUACAGUAAAUCAGGAGGUUCUAGACUCUUUGGAGAUGAGCUAAAGGAGUUUUACAGGAGACUUGGCGAAGUUUGUGCGGAAGAAGAGAAUCUGAAGGAAGAACUAGAAUAUGAAAAGGAAGGGCAGAAUAUUUUUAUAUAUGGUAAUGUGCCAAGCGAAGAUGUUGCCAAGGAGAUUUUUGGGAAAUGUGUGCUUAUUAAAGCCAUCGUAGAGAUAUGGGCUGAAAGCAAAAGUCACGAUUCUCUGUUGGAAACUCUCUUAAUAACUUCUGGAAGUCUCAUUGACACCCACUUGUCGUCCAACAAAAAAUGGUCAUUUAAGCUCAGCAGAUACAACAAUAAAUCUACUUACAACGACUUGGUAAAGACUCUGGAUAAACUUUCUCCAAUAUUUAAAAAGGCAGGACAAGUUGACUUGGCUAACCCUGAUACAAAAAUGCUCCUAUUAGAGAGAUAUUUGAAGGAUAAAGACAGGCAUAAGUAUUUGGAAGCUCUCUACUUUGGUCGUAUAAUCGCAGAUCGAAAUGAUAUAUCGCAUUGGUGGAACGAAUACUCACUUUCUACAAGACCAGUACUUGGACCAACCUCGCUAGAAAAUACACUCAGCUUUGUCAUGUGCAAUAUGGGUUUGGUUGGUAAAAACAGCAUCAUUUAUGAUCCUUUUGUUGGCUCCGGAGGCUCUAUAAUAUCUUCUUCAAUCCUAGGUUCAUUUUGCAUGGGAAGCGAUAUUGAUAUACGAAUCCUACGAGGCUGGGGAAUUGCCUAUAGGAAUAUAAAUUUAGAUAAUAAUGAAGGUCCUACUGAUAUUUUCACAAAUUUUGACCACUAUGGACUAGAAAGGCCAGAGAUUGUCAGAUUUGACAUCAAACAUCCAGUAUGGAGAAGAUCUGGUAGCCAUGGAUGGGUUGAUGCAAUAAUCACUGAUCCUCCCUACGGAAACAGGGCGAGUGCAAAGCAUACAAAAAUUGAUAAGAGUAUGAAGGGAACUGAGACAGUUGAGGUUUCAUUUAGACUUAUUGUAGCUCUUUUGGACCUCGCUGAAGAUGUGCUAGUCAAAGGAGGGAGAUUGGUAUUUCUUCUUCCGGCGUUUCAGGGAAAAGUUAGAGAAAGUCUCUCGUUAUUGAAUCGCAAAAGACUUGAAGUAAAACAUAUCGGACAGCAAAAGUUGGCUGCAGGUGCCUCGAGAUUUGUUGUUGCCAUGGAAAAGUUGUGA